GACAACAAGCUGAGACGUGUUCACAACUGUUUGGUUAUUAAACCCGACACGCGAAACGGAACGCAACAGCUGAGCCGCAGCAGAAAAAACCUUGAACAAAUACUGUACCCACAGACCAUACUUUGAACUUUCAACCAACCACCAUCCACUAAACAGUCAUGGAAGCCGUUCUUCGUGUCACCGACGCCCUCAAGUCUUUCCGGGAAACCCGCUUGAGCACCCUCAGAACUCCUGCAGAGUUCUUUGAUAUCCACCGAAUUUCAAGACCUGCAGAUUUUAACACGGCAGUAUCGCGACUCACAUAUAACACUCGGUAUUUCUCGGGGAACUACACUCUCAUCGUAGCUGCUCUUGCAGUAUAUUCCAUUAUUGCAAGUCCUCUCCUUCUCUUAUCCCUCGUCUUUCUUUUUGGAGGCUUUGCUGCCAUCAACCGUUUUGAGGAAGUCUAUGGGCAGUUCGUCACCCAAAAGACCCUGUACACAGGGCUCUUCGUGAUCGGCAUCCCCCUCCUGUGGUUCUCCUCUCCAUUCAUGACUUUGUUCUGGCUCAUCGGAGCAUCCGCGUGUCUCAUUCUCACCCACGCAUGCUUGAUUGAACCAGGAGUGGAAAGCGAAUAUGCAAAUAUCGAAGGAGCAGUGUAAAAUGUCAUGGGGAAAGAGAAUGAGGACUGAGUGUGCAUGUGGUUGUUGUACUGUUUCGAGAUUGGACUGUGUCUUUUGUUUCCCGUGAAUCCCAAUUCCGGUCGCUCGUUCUUAUUCGUUGAUACCUCCUCGUCUUCAAUGUAUAGGCGCGUAUUUCCUUUACGUACAUAGAUUGUACAAAUCGGAAUGGGAUGGUCCGAAAGUCAGUUUCAUUGUCUACGUUUAGAAUAUCAGUACUAGGAUAAUGA